AGCAGCCAUCGCCCUCCAUAGUAUCUCAUCAACACCCUCAUCAACGCCGCCGUCAUAUAUCACUCUUCUCAUCACGUCGCCAUGUCCUUCUUUCAAGGGACUCUUCCAGAGGGCAUCGCAACGGCAGUCCAGGAGGCAAAGUCCGUCGUGUGUUUUGUGACAGACGGCCAGACGGAGAGCCAGUCGUGGGAGGAAGAGUUCCUCGCAGUUGAAGAUAUCGUCUCACUGCUUAAAGACCAGGCUGUGACACUGCGUCUGGAGGCGGGAUCGCAAGAAGAAGGCCACCUUAUUCAGUUCUACCCGGUUCCCAAAAAGCCCACGAUCGUCAUAAUCAAGAAUGGCGAGCUGAAAGAGUAUAUUGCCGCUGGCGUAUCAAAGGAUGAUUUCAUGAAGCGGAUUAGCCAGGCGCUGCGGCCCGCCGUGGCUGUUCCAGUUCAGACGGAAGCCACCAGUGUGCCGGUACAGACACAGGCACAGGCACAGGCACAGGCAUCUGUACCUGCCCCGGUGUCCGCUCCAGCUUCAGCACUGCCCCGGACUCGGCCAACCCCGGGAGCUGGAUCGACGGCGACUAGCUCAAGUCAAGUCACGCCGUCACCGGCAAACGAAACCCGGGCUCAGAUACAAUCAUACCAGUCAGCACAGAAAAAGAACGAAGAACGUAAAAAGAGGGAAGAGGAGGAGGCCAAGCGAAUCCGCGCCGAAAAAGCGAAAGCGAAAGCAGAUGCCCAGGCAACAGGAGGGGGUUCAGAUCCAAAGGCCAAGCAGGCCGAGCUGUUGAAAAGGAGGCAGAGGGAAGCGCGAGAAGAGCGGCAAAGGAUCCUCAAGGCCAUCGAAGACGACAAGGCUGCGCGCCGGGCGCUGCAGGCCGAGAGGCAGGCCGAGCGCAACGCGACCGUCGAGGCCGAAAAGGCAGCGCCGGCAAGCCAAACCCUCACGUCCAAAGGCCGGCCGAGUGAGCACUGCUCGAUCCAGGUCCGGCUCUUCGACGGCUCCACGAUCCGCAACCGCUUCAGCAGCGCCCAGACCCUCAAGGACGUGAGGCAGUGGGUUGACAAUACCCGCGAGGACGGCAACACCAACUACACGUUCAAGGUCCUCCUGACCCCGCUGCCGAGCAAGAAGCUCGACGUGACCGAAGAGGCAAAGUCUCUCCUGGCGCUCGGGCUCACGCCAUCGUCGACGCUGAUCCUCUUGCCCGUCCAGAAGUUUGCCGCGGCCUACGUGGGGGCCGAUCCGCAGGGCAACGUCUUCUCCCGAUUUAUCGCCUUCAUCCUUGCCAUCGUCAGCGGCUUCUUUGGCGGUGUCGCGGCCUUCUUCUCGACGCUGUUCAGCAACAGCGGGCCGCCAACGGCGCCUGAUCCGGCUGCUGCCCAGGGCCAGGCGUCUGACCAGAACAGGAGUCGUGUUUCGAGACUUAACAACCGCAGCAGUGGAGCUGACAGGCGAGAUGAGCAACAGUUCUACAACGGGAACUCUGUGAGUGCUACUUCCUUCAAGUGCUCCUCGCGGCUUUGCGAUUUUGUUCAUGACGAAUAGCCCAGAACCACUCACUAACCCAGAUGCAGACAAAUUUCCAGCCAAGACGGAACGAUGACGAAGAGUAGGCGGGAGGAGACUUUCAUUUAAUAAGGGGCUAGGGUGGGGGAGUCUAUUGACUGCCUAGGAAUUAAAGCCAGAGGUCGAUGUAACGCUUCAAGAGCAGAGUUUAUUGUCAUUUGGGUUUUUUUCUUGGUUUGUAUUUUACAGCAAU